GGGCCCGGGCCCCUUAUCGCCGUCGGCCAGGAGUGGGAUGACAUCGACGACUUCGACCUGUCGGGCAUCGAGAAGAAGUUCUCCCGGCCGCCCGUGGUGUCCCCCAGGGGGCUGCGAGCGCCCCGCACGGAGCCCCCGCGGCCGAGCCCCCGCCCGGCGCCGGCCCUGCCCCCGCUCCCUGGCCCGGUGUCUGUCCCGGUGCCUGACCCGGUGCCUGACCCGCUCCCCUCUCCCGAGCAGCGCCCCGCCUCGCAGGGCUCCGUCAUCUGCCUGGGGGACUCGAGCCCCCGCCCGGCUCUGGACAGCGCAGCUGCUGGUGCUGAAGGGGGCCAGGAGCCCCAGGGGGGUGCUGAAGGGGGCCAGGAGCCCCAGGGGGCUGGGGACAGCCCCCCAGACCUGGCUGGGGACACCUGGCCUUUGGCAGGUGCUGAGCUCGAGGAGGAUGACCUGGACAUCAUCCCUCCCUCCCCUGAGGAGGAGCUGCCUCCCUUCUCCCCCUCUGUGCAGAGUGCCAGCAGUGUUUUCAGAGACACUCCCACUGGUGGAAGGUGCUCAGCUGGCAGCUCUGAGGCCAGGCAGGAGAAGGAUCCCACAACACAUCCUGCAGCUGAUCCCGGUGCAGAGGAUUCAGGGGAGGCCGUGCCCGUGGCCCAGCAGCUGCUCAGAGUCACGGAGGCCAUCUGUGAGCUGGUGGAUGCCAUCCCCCUGCAGGAGCUGCAGGCCCUGGGCUGUGCCCGAGCCCUGCUGCAGCACAGGGACCGCAGGAGAAAAUUGCUGGCCAAUUAUAAUUCUGUCAGUGUGAACCAAAAUGGCACAACCCCCCCUUUUCCUAGAAGCUGGAAGCCUCCCGUGGAGCAGAGCCCUCCUGUGUGUCCUGGUGCAGGCCCAGGUUCUGGCCCAAGCUGGAGCUUCAGUUCUGACAGAAACUCCCCCAAACCCACAAACCUCCCAUCAGUGCUUUCUCUUCAUUCCAGCGGCUCUUCUGCCAAAACAAAUCAAACCCUGGCCGCCCCCUGUGCCUCGAGGCAGGGAGCUGAGGAGCUGCCCUGUGCCAGGGGAGGUGGCAGGGAGGGAGCUGCCCCCAGGCUCAGCCUGCAGUCCUGCAGCAGCAGCUGGGAGCAGGCUGCAGGAGCCCCGAGGGCUCAGAGCACAGCUGCCAGUGCCAGCCCUGCAGGGAGCAGCCUGGGGACACGCCAUCCUGACCUGGACCUGCAUCUCUUUGACAUCGAUGACUUGGAUGAGGACUGGGAGAGCCCGGGGGCUGCUGCUGCCACGGAGGGGCCUCCUGCCAAAUCCCUCUGCUCCAAACUUCUGUCCAGGGCCAAAGGCUCUGUGGGAUCCGGCCCUGCUGCUCCAAAGCCAGGCCUGCUGAUGGCCACAAAGAGCCCUCCAGAUCCAGUGGUUCAUAACCCUGCACUGGAGCGUUUCAGGGGUAUGAAAUUUCCCCACUCUGCAGAAAUGAUGAAUAUAUUUCACAAGAAGUUUGGGCUGCACUGUUUCAGGACAAACCAGCUGGAGGCCAUCAAUGCUGCUCUGCUGGGGGAGGAUUGUUUCGUCCUCAUGCCCACAGGAGGUGGGAAGAGCUUGUGCUACCAGCUCCCAGCCUGUGUCUCUGCUGGGGUCAGCGUCGUUAUUUCUCCUCUGAGGUCGCUCAUCAUCGAUCAGGUUCAGAAGCUGAAGACUCUAGAUAUUGCUGCAACAUACCUGACUGGUGACAGAACAGAUGCCGACGCCUCGAAAAUCUACAUGCAGUUGUCAAAGAAGGACCCUGUCAUAAAGCUGCUGUAUGUCACCCCUGAGAAGGUGUGUGCCAGCAGCCGCCUGAUGUCCGCCCUGGAGAACCUCUACGACAGGAAGCUCCUGGCGCGCUUCGUCAUCGACGAGGCGCACUGUGUCAGCCAGUGGGGCCAUGACUUCCGGCAGGACUACAAGCGGCUGAACGUGCUGCGCAGGAGGUUCCACCGCGUGCCCAUGAUGGCCCUGACGGCCACGGCCACGCCCCGCGUGCAGAAGGACAUCCUCAACCAGCUGGAGAUGCUGAGACCACAAGUGUUUACCAUGAGCUUCAACAGGCAUAACUUGAAAUAUGAUGUGCUGCCCAAGAAGCCAAAGAAGGUGGCGAUGGAUUGCUUGGAAUGGAUUAAAAAAUAUCACCCCCAUGACUCUGGGAUCAUCUACUGCCUGUCCAGGCACGAGUGUGACACCACAGCUGCCAUCCUGCAGAAGGAGGGGCUGGCAGCCCUGGCCUACCACGCCGGCCUCACCGACUCCAGCAGGGACCUGGUGCAGCAGAAGUGGGUCAAUCAGGAGGGCUGCCAGGUCAUCUGUGCAACAAUUGCCUUCGGCAUGGGCAUUGACAAGCCCGACGUGCGCUACGUGAUCCACGCCUCCCUCCCCAAAUCCAUCGAAGGCUACUACCAGGAGUCUGGCAGGGCUGGCAGGGAUGGAGAGAUGUCCCACUGCCUGCUCUUCUACAGCUACAGUGAUGUCACCAGGCUGAGAAGGCUCAUCCUCAUGGAGAAGGAUGGGAACAGCCACACGAGGCAGACCCACUUCAACAACCUGUACAGCAUGGUGCACUACUGCGAGAACGUGGUCGAGUGCCGCCGGGUGCAGCUGCUCGCCUACUUCGGGGAGACCAACUUCAACCCCACCUUCUGCAAAGAUCACCCAGAAGUCAUUUGUGACAACUGCAGCAGGAAGAAGGAUUACAGGUGCAGGGACGUGACGGAGGACGUGAGGAGCAUCGUGCGCUUUGUGCGGCAGCACUGCGGCCAGGCGGGGCACGGCAGGGGGAGCCCGGCCUCGGGCAGGUACACCCUCAACAUGAUGGUGGACAUCUUCCUAGGGUCAACGAGCGCCAAGAUCCAGUCUGGAAUAUUUGGGAAGGGGGCUGCCUAUUCCAGGCACAAUGCUGAAAGGCUGUUUAGAAAACUGGUCCUGGACAAGAUCCUGGAUGAGGAUUUGUACAUCACAGCCAAUGACCAGGCAGUGGCAUAUGUCAUUCUGGGAGAGAGAGCUCAGGCUGUGCUGGAUGGCUCACUCCAGGUGGAGUUCCACGAGACAGAGAGUGCCAGUGCCAUCAGAAGGCAAAGGGCUUCCAUGGCAAAGAUGUCCCAGCGGGAAGAGGUGGUUAAGCAGUGCCUCAGUGAACUUACAGACACCUGCAAAACCCUGGGCAAAGUCUUUGAUGUGCAUUACUUCAAUAUUUUCAGUACUUCCACCCUAAAGAAAAUAGCAGAAAGCUUGUCCUCAGACAUGGAGGUGUUGCUGCAGAUCGAUGGGGUCACAGAAGACAAGCUGGAGAAAUAUGGUGCAGAAAUCAUUAAAGUGAUGGAUAAGUACUCAGAAUGCUCCUUCCCAGAGGACGCUGCCUGCUCAGGUGUGGACACAGCCACGGGCAGCACUGGCUCUCUGGGCAGCGAUGCAGAGGAUGCAGGAACAACCUCCAGCUAUUUUGGCAAUAACACAAACCAGAGGAGGAAAAGGAAGCGGCCACCAAACUCCAGGGACUGCAAGAGGAAGAAGACGAGUGGUGGUGGCAGCCAGCAGUUCCAGCCCAGAGGUGGCUACAGCAGGUACAGAAGGACCAAGAAGCUGCCGAGCUCGAAGGCUGCAGCUUCCUCCAGUGCCAGCUCCGUGUCCUACAGCGCUGGUGGCACACAGGGAGCUGCUGGGAAGCUGGCCAUGAUGGCACUGCCCAAGCCCAAAUCCAGGAGCUUCCUUCAGCCUUCAUUUUCUGUUUUUUAACUGAGAAAUGCCAUUACUGGAUGAAUUUCCCCAAGACGGAAUCAUUGUUUAUUGAAUUUUUGUUUCAUUUGCUGCUGCUAAGCCUUCUGGGACUUGUGUAUUUGUCAGUACAAAAGCUCACAUUAAAUAAAUAUUUUUUAACUUGUCGGUUUAUUGGGGC